GUCACGUGUCACGUGUCAGGCUGCCGGUCAGCUGACCAGCAGCCUCGUUGGGGAUGUUUACUCUGCCCCGCAGCGCCUUUACCUGGCUCUCCCGUCUGAUUCCUGAAUGAAUGCGUCGCUAUGCGUGGCCGAGGAGGAUCAUGGCGGUGGUGAACUCCGUGCUGAAGCUGUUGCAGCGGCAGACGUACACCUGUCUGUCCCACCGGUACGGGCUCUACCUGUGCUUCGGCGGGCUCGUCCUCAUGAUCGUUUCCGCCUUCCAGUUCGGAGAGGUGGUGCUGGAGUGGAGCCGAGAUCAGUAUCACGUGUUGUUUGACUCCUAUAGAGACAAUGUUGGUGGGAAAUCAUUCCAAAGCAGGCUCUGUCUGCCCAUGCCUAUUGAUGUGGUGUACACGUGGGUGAACGGCACCGACACGGCUCUGCUGAAGGAACUGAAGGGGGUCAAGGAGCAACUGGAAGAGGAACAAAGAGCUUUGAGAGAACUCCUGGGGAAAAAUGCAAGUGAAGCUACUGAAGUGCCCAAAGAUAGCACUAAGCCUGAAUGUCUGCUGUCCCACUGCAUCAUCGCGCCCAUGCUGGCGCUGGACCCGGCUCUGCCCGCCAACGUGACGCUUAAAGAGCUGCCGGCGCUCUCGCCGUCCUUCUCCACUGUUAAAGAGAUGGUGCUCAUGAGCAAACCCUUCCACCCGCCUUCCACCGUCUCCGUGCUCAUCUUCCACUCGCAAGCUGAUGCUGAUAAAGUCUUUACAGAUGUGUCUCGAGAAGUCCAGAAAUUCUCCGUAUCCAGAUGUUACCUGACGACGGAUAAAGAGGCUCCGGGUCUGAUCCGCAUGCAGUCUCUGGCCUACCUGAGCGGCUUCCCGGCAACCUUCAAGGAGACGGAGCCGCUCCGAGUCAAACUGCCUGCGGUCAUAACCAGCAAGAUCAAACAGUUUGAGCUGUACUCGGAGGCCAGCAUCGCCCUGCUCCACCUGAAAACCCCGCAGGAUUUCACCGAUCUGACCCAGCAGGCUAAAAAGAACCUGACGCUGGACGGGAAGGAGCUGACCGUCAGCCCCGCCUACUUGUUCUGGGACCUCAGCUCACAGUCUAAGCAGGAUGAAGACAUAUCGGCCAGCCGAUUCGAAGACAACGAGGAGCUCCGCUAUUCGCUGCGGUCGGUGGAGAAACACGCCCCCUGGGUGCGACACAUCUUCAUCCUCACAAACGGGCAGAUUCCCUCCUGGCUCAACCUGGAUAACCCCAGAGUCACCGUCGUCACACAUCAGGAUGUCUUUUUGAACAGCAGCCACCUCCCCACCUUCAGCUCGCCUGCCAUCGAGACCCACAUCCAUCGUAUCCCUGGACUCUCCCAGAAGUUCAUUUACCUCAACGACGACGUGAUGUUCGGCAAAGACGUGUGGCCAGACGACUUCUACAGCCACUCCAAAGGCCAGAAGGUGUACCUCACCUGGCCUGUUCCCAACUGCGCGGAGGGCUGCCCGGGAUCCUGGAUCAAAGACGGCUACUGCGACAAGGCUUGCAACAACUCUGCCUGCGACUGGGAUGGCGGGGACUGCCUGGGGGCAGCUGGGAGCAGCCGGUUUGUGGCGGGGAUCGGCGGCGGGGGGCCCGGGGGAGCCGGUGGACAGGUCUGGCAGUUUGCCGGUGGUCUAGGAGGCAUCGGGGGUUCGUUAUACUGCAAUCAAGGCUGUGCUAACUCGUGGCUGGCUGACAAGUUCUGUGACCAGGCCUGCAAUGUCCUCGCCUGUGGAUUCGAUGUGGGCGACUGUGGUCAAGAGCACUUUGGCGAGCUGCACCGGGUGACCCUGCUCAGGAACAGGACCCGGUACACCCUCCCCCUGGGGGAGACCAGGCCCUAUUUCAGCUUUGAGAAAGUGGCUCGCAGAGUGUCGGAGGCCCACGUCAGCGACAACCCCGUGGUCCGGCACACCUCCGUCGCCAACAAGUGGAAGAGCAUCCACCUGCUGCUGCACCCCGGCCACAACGCCACGCAGAUCCAGUACAACCUCACCCUGCACGGAGAGGACGACGCCGAGUUCCCCAUGGUCUUCAGCGUGGCCGUCGACACCCGCGAGGUUCCUCCAACCAACGCGUCUCACGUCGCAAGCAAAGACAAAGGAAAGGACUCUGUCGUCACGCCGACCCCGGAGCCCGUUUUCUUGUUCUCAGAUAUCCCAGAGGACAAACAGGGGCCUAAAAUUCAGAAAAAGCAGCCUGGGGAAUCGCAGGACGGCGUACAGAUUCCUUCACUAAACGUGUCGCUCCUGCCGGCCGCCGUGCGCAGCGAGCUGCAGAAGCUGGAGGAAAAACUGGUGAUGGGAGACGUCACCCUGAAGGGUUACAAUCUCACCAAGGCUGAACUUUUAAGACCUUACAAGGCGCUGGCUGAAAAGCAACCAGGUUUGGACGCACGGCACGAUAGAGUCCGGGGGAAGCCCUAUAAAGACUUGGAAGGACUUCAGUUAGAAGAAAAAGAUGGAAAAAUCCCGAAAAAUGAAAAUGCAGAGGAGGUGACAUCCAGGCAGGGUGUGGUUGAACCAAACAGACCCGUUACUCCUCUCAUCCCCGUCCACAUUGAUGAUAAAUUGAAAGAUCUUGUCACUUCGAAGCCCUUCCAUCUGAAUGAUGUGAUCGAGAGGCCCAGGACGGCCAAACUGCAAAGCGGUAUUUCCCAAAGAAAGAUGUUGGAGGAGCCGGCCGACGCUCUGGCCGUCGGGAGGAAGCUCCAGCACUUCGUCUCCGCAGACCGAGGCUUCCUGCCGUGGGAGCGGAGAAAAUAUUUCCAGGCCUUGCUUGAGGAGGAGGAGCGUCUCCAGAGAGAGCUGUCCUACGAGACCCGCGCUGCAGCUACAGGCCGCAAGCUGCAGGACACCUUCGCCGACUCGCUGCGCUACGUCAACAAGCUGCUCAACAGCCAGUUCGGCUUCACCUCCCGCAAAGUCCCCGCACACAUGCCUCACCUGAUCGACCGCCUCAUCAUGCAGGAGCUGCAGGACACAUUCCCAGGAGAGUUUGAUAAGACGUCAGGCCACCGCGUCCGCCACUCCGAGGACAUGCAGUUCGCCUUCUCGUACUUUUACUUCCUGAUGAGCGCCCAGCAGCAGCUCAACGUCUCCGAGGUGUUCGACGAGAUCGACACGGACCACUCCGGCGUGCUGUCCGACCGCGAGAUCCGAACUCUCGCCACAAGGAUCCAUGAUCUUCCCCUCAGCCUCCAGGACUUGACGGGACUGGAGCAGAUGUUGAUAAACUGCUCUAAAACACUCCCGACCAACCUGACCCAGCUCCACCUGGUCAACCCCACCCAGGAGGCCUACUACGAUCCCAGCAUGCCUCCCGUCACAAAGGGCCUCGUCGUUCACUGCAAGCCCAUAACUGAGCGGAUUCACAAAGCCUUCAAAGACCAGAAUAAAUACAAGUAAGAUCGCAGAUCAGGUUUCAUUUGCUCAGCACAAACUUAUAUUUCAGCUAACAUCAUGUUUGGCAGGUU